AUCACAACCGCAUGCAUGCAGCAGACGUACUUCAAGGCGUCUAUCAUCUCACGUCACAACCCAUUCCGGGAUUUACGCAGAUUCCUUCCGACGCCACUGAUUCACCCUUGCACAAGACAUCAGAUUCAACAAGCAGCAGUAGCGUACCAAUGCACAGGCCCAGUUUUGCUGCGGAAGUGACGUAUGGGGUAAUGGGAGCCAAUUACCCAGCUCUGGAGCUCAUGGCUUUAUACACAGCAACUGCAAUGCACGAUUACGAUCACCCUGGAAGAACGAACGCAUUUCUGGUGUCUACAUACGCGCCACAGGCGGUGCUGUACAAUGACCGGUCUGUCCUGGAAAACCACCACGCCGCUUCUGCUUGGAGUCUCUUCCUAUCAAGGCCAGAAUACAACUUCCUUUGCCAUUUGGACAAGGCAGAGUUCAAGAGGUUCCGAUUCCUGGUCAUCGAGUGCAUUUUGGCGACUGACUUGAAAAGGCAUUUCGAAAUCCUCGCCGAGUUUAACGCCAAG